ACGAGGGCUGGCGGAGAUGGGACUUCAGGCCGCAGGGACACGCUUGCACCGGCCGCACCUGACGCCUACCAACACCCCGACGGCCUCGCGGGCCGCCUUCCCCGCCGUGGCCUCGUCUCCGGUUAAGCGGCUCUUCGCCUCGCCCUUCCUCGGGAUCGGUUCGGCCAAGCUGUGCAGGACCCGGUCGCUGGAGAUUCUGUGGGGGAGAGGAAGGCGAAGCCAGGAGCGAGUCCUGCGCCGGGCCUUCAGCGCCAGCAUCGAGCGCUUCGCGGUGAAGGGUGGCGACUACGAGGACGAGGACGAAAAUGAGGUGUUGGGGCAGAGGCUCGAGGACACGGCCCUCGAUCUCCAACGGCAACAAGGUGAUGGCAGCGAAGACGACGCGAUCCAUUCUGAGUCGUGGAGUGAAGAAGGUGAUGUGUUGGCCACCACUGCGUCCCUCUGCUCCGAUUCGAGACCCGCGCCUUCGUCUCCGCCCGAAUCGAAGAAGCAAGAGCCAUCGACGGAGCCGCCGUGGCUCCCCGUCUUCCCGGUGUCGCCAGACUGGCCCGACCAGAUCGUGCCGGCGAGCGUGGAGAAGAACGCGAACAGCAUGGAGCUGCCGCUGUCGCUCAGGAUCAUAAAGCGGAAGAAGCGGUGGGAGGAGGGGUGGUUCCUGGAGGCGGGCGAGUCGGCCUGCUGCUCGGUGAAGCGGGCCUUCUCGACCAUGGUGUUCAUGAUCCGCGAGCUCCAGAAUCACACGCUCCAAAUGCGGGAGGUGAUCUACCGCGAGGACAUCCAGGGGAUCCUGGCGCGGGUGCAGCGGGAGAUGAACUUCUCCUUCGUCUGGCUCUUCCAGCAGAUCUUCUCCUGCACCCCGACCCUCAUGGUCUCCGUCAUGCUCCUGCUCGCCAACUUCACCGUCUACUCCAUGGGCCACCUCGAUGACGCCGCCAUGGCCACGCCCAAUCCGCCGAUCCAGUCGAUGAUCGUGAUGGAAGACCUUGGCCAAAACCACGAAGAACGCUCCUCCAUCAGGUUGUUCUCUUCGAUCGGAAAAAGGACUGCUUCCAUCGGAGGAACCGGUGCGGGGGGCGGAGGGAACGCGAAGCCGGUGGCGGGGGCCACGGACGAUGGGCGAUCGGAUGACGUAUCUUUAUCGUACCGAAAAAUUAUUUACGACGGCACGUCGAGGGCGCCGGCAGUGGUGAACACAGAAGAGGGAGGAGGGGGAGAGGACGCGUUUGUGGCAGAGGCGACGGUGGAUGAGGAGGCGGAGGAAGCGAGAGUUUGGAAAGGGAUACUGGAGGAAGUUUCGAGGAUGAAUGCGGACGCGAGGGACGCGGCGCUCAUGGACCGGGAGACGCUGCUGCGGCUCGUCUCGCCCAUCACGGUGGAGCUUGCGCCCGACGACUACCCGGUCUACUUGCAGACGGAGAUCAUGUACCAGCAGGCCCUGUCGCAAGACCCUGAGAACGCUCUUCUGCUCGCCAACUUUGCUCAGUUCCUCUAUCUCGUCCUCCGCGAUCACAACAGGGCGGAAUACUACUUCAAGAAGGCAGCGGGGUUGGAGCCGGCGGACGCGGAGGCACUGAGUCGGUACGCGAGCUUCCUGUGGCUGGCCAGGAAGGACCUUGUGGCCGCGGAGGAGACCUACUUGGAAGCCAUUGACGCGGAUCCCAGCAACAGCGUCCACAACGCCAACUACGCCCGUUUCCUGUGGAACACCGGCGGCGACGGCACCUGCUACCCAUUAGACUGCAACGACGCAUACCAGUAGUCACUCACCACCACCAACAAGUAACGAAUAGCAAUAAUAAUUCACCUUCACUACCACAUCAACGCAAGAAUAAUAAACAGGAAAUGAUUCCGAGAUCUGCUAUCUAAAUAUUAUGUAUAUACAAUAGAUAUAUAUAAAGUUUGGAAUUGCAUUAAGGAAGCUGCUGCAAAGACUUGCUACGAAGUAGCAGAGACUUGAGAAACCUCACGGACGAGAUGGUGAAGCAGCUGCAGCUGCAGCUGCGGCCGGUGGAUGCUGCACAUCAUACUCCUCGACUGUGCACUGCAGCAGCUUCUGCCGUGGAGCACAUGGGCGAGUUCGUAACAUAGGAGACGUCGGAUAAGAGGUUUGGAGGGGGCAAUGCGGAAGACAACACGCCGAUCUGAACGAAGGUGGCGAUUCGGGAGGGUCACCUGCUGUCCGUAACUCGGUUUCAAUGCCCCUUUCUCUU